AUGGCACCUCAGACAGAAAUCCCCGUUGCCGCCAAUGUCCUCGGGACGAUAGGAACUGUCCUCUGGUGCGUCCAACUGAUACCACAAAUAUGGACCAACUGGCGCAGAAAACAGACGACGGGGCUACCGGGGACCAUGAUGUUCCUCUGGGCGCUGUGCGGCGUGCCGUUUGGGGUGUACGCGAUAGCGCAGAACUUUAAUAUCCCGAUCCAGGUGCAGCCGCAGGUGUUUAUGGCGCUUUGUUUGGUUGGUUGGGCGCAGAUAUUGAUUUAUGGAUCAAAAUGGCCAGUCUGGAAAGCUAGUCUGCUAGCAUUGACCAUCGCUUGUGUAUUCGCUGGCGCUGAAGCUGCACUGAUUUUGACACUGCGGCCCCUCUACAGAGACGGCAACGAAACCCCAAUCUUCGUCAUCGGCAUCAUAGCCGCCAUCCUGCUCGCCGCCGGCCUGCUGCCCCCCUACCGAGAAAUGUACAAGCGCCACGGACGGGUGGUGGGCAUCAACUGGAUCUUCCUGGCCAUGGACUGUUCCGGAGCCUUUUUCUCGUUGAUGGCUGUGGUGACGCAAAACACGUUCGACGUGCUCGGCGGCGUGCUGUACAUCAUUUGCGUCUUGCUCGAGCUCGGGAUAUUUGGGUCGCACCUGAUUUGGCUGGCGAGGACGAGGAAGAUAAGAAAGCAGCUCAAGAAGGAUGGCAAGACUUUUGACGAGGUGCUGGGGGAGUAUAAGGCGCGGGGGGAGCAUUGGAAGUGGGAGGAGAGGGAGGUGGAUUGUAUUGGGUGGUGGAAGUUUUGGGUGAGGGGCGAGAAGAAGACGGGGGAAAAGGAGGAGGAGGGUGAGGUUGAAAGUGAGCAGAGGGAUUUGGAGAAGCAGGAGGAGAAUGCUGCUGCUGCUGCUGCUGCUGCUGCUGGACAGCAGCAAGAUCAGGAUUUGAACAAUGGGAUGAUAAUGAUGGCUGAGGCACAGGAGCAAAAGCAAAAUGAGAGUGAGGAGGAUACAGGUGCGAGUACGCCUACCAUGGUAGAUGGGGAGAACGCGGCGGUAGGCAGGGCGUGA